AUGGACGUUAAAGACCUUAAAGAAGCAAUAUCGGCUGCUUCAAAUGCCUUUUAUAAAUGGAAAAACACUACACCUAAAACUCGCGCAAAUAUACUAAAAAAAUGGCACGACUUAAUUGUGGAAAACAAAGAGGAAUUAGCUCGAAUUAUAACUUCCGAGCAAGGGAAAACUUUAAUCGAAGCUAAAGGAGAAGUAGAUUAUAGUGCGUCCUAUAUUGAAUGGUUCUCAGAAGAAUCAAAGAGAAUGUACGGCGAUAUUAUACCUCCUGGGACCAGCAAUCAAAGACUUGCUGUUAUUAAACAACCCGUUGGUGUUUGCGCUCUUCUAACACCGUGGAACUUCCCAAUGGCAAUGGGUGCCAGAAAAAUCGCCCCUGCACUAGCCUCUGGUUGCACUGUUGUCUUAAAACCAUCUCAGAAGACGCCUUUGUCCUCACUGUCAUUGGUCAAGCUCGCUGAAGUCGCUGGGACACCGCCAGGAGUCAUCAACGUUGUUACCACCUCUCACACUGGUACCUAUCCUGAUAUUGGCAAUGAGCUUGCCUCUAAUCCAGAUGUUAGAAAAGUUUCUUUCACAGGCUCCACGCAAGUGGGAAAGCAACUCCUUAAAUUGGCUGCUAGCACCGUUAAAAAGGUUUCUAUGGAACUUGGAGGGAAUGCACCUUUUAUUAUAUUCGAUGAUGCCGAUCUUGAUAUGGCUGUCAAAGGCGCUAUUGCAAGCAAAUUUAGAAACUCUGGCCAAACGUGUGUUUCAGCGAACUGUAUUUUUGUGCAAAGCGAAGUUUAUGAGACUUUUUCUGAUCGGUUUAUAAAAGCUGCUCGUGAUUUAAAAGCUGGCAACGGUCUUGAGGAAAACGUGGAUUUCGGACCAUUAAUUAAUGAACAGGCGCUUAAGAAGGUCAAGGCAUAUGUAGAUGAUGCCGUAGCCAAGGGGGCGACCUUAGCCCUUGGUGGUAAGGUUCAUUCACUUGGAGGAAACUUCUUUGAAGCUACAGUUCUUAAAUACGUUAAAGCGAAUAAGGAUCUACUAGAAAAAGAAAUAUUUGGUCCAGUAGCGCCUUUAAUUUGCUUUCAGUCGGAGGAGGAAGUCCUUCAGCUGGUUAAUAGCACAAGAUUCGGCCUUGCGGCUUACUUCUACACGAAGGACCUGCAAAGAUCGUGGAGGGUCUCAGAGGCUUUAGAAUUUGGUAUGAUCGGCCUGAACAGCCCAUCCGUCUCCACUGAAGUCGCUCCGUUCGGUGGAGUAAAAGAAAGCGGAGUUGGACGAGAAGGCUCAAAGUACGGACUGGACGACUACACAGAGAUUAAAUCGAUCUGCAUCGGCAAUAUAAGUGCUUAG